CCUACCUCAUGUCCAUUUUCCAUCGAUUUAAGCCACCUCAGGCCGUUCCUCAGUAUCCUCAGCUUGGUACCUGAUGUAGUCCCUAUUCGUGUCUUGCGCAGAGGAACAAAUAAAAGCAGUAAAUGAAUUCGCAAUCCCUAAAUCCCUAACCGCAACUCGGCUUCUACCCUUUCCUACCCACGCCAGCCGGCCACGUUGACAUCGAUCAGGGAAUACCCCGCCUGUACAGCCAUACAACUGUACAACGGGUGCAAGAGGGAGCCCGAUAGUGUGUAGGAGGGUAGAACAGGUACCUAUGCAUGUGCAUACCUACCUCCUAGGUAAGGUAUACCUAUACAUGCCAGCAGAGGCGACCGAUACCUACCCUCUCUCCACCACACCAAGCCGCCUGCCCCCCCUGGCCAGACCUGGUGGGCGCCAGCCCAUUCCUAUUUCUACCAGCCGGCCUUGGCUUCGCUGCGACUCUUCUCUCCCUACAGGUAAUGGCCAUUGGCUACCAGAGACUCGUAGGCUUCAUGCCGCGUCGCAACUUUCUCCUUCCAACCCUCUGCAUCGUCCUCCUCGUCGCGGCAUGGUCUUUCCGUGCCCCUCGGCCGCCCUUUAGCGGCUGGCUCGAUGUCGCUCCUGUACGAGGCGUCUCGCCGCCGCCCUCGCCGCCCUCGCCCGUGAGUCCGCCGGUUCGAUCUCCAGGUGAUGUCGACCUAUCGGCGCCCGAUGCGCCCUUCGUCGGCUGGCCGCUACAGCGAGUGUGCGACGAGGCCACGUGGGUGAAGGGCCUCGUAUACAUCUGCGACAACAAUUCGGGCGGCAUCGGUAACAUUCGAAACUACAUCCACACCUGUCUACGGUACGCCCUGGAGGCUGGUGCUACCGGGCUGGUCAUACCCAUGAUUCGAAAGCGCAACGAGACAGAUUUGGCCGACCUUUUCACCGACUACCUGCCGUUUGGCUACAUGUUCGACGAGCAGCACUUCAAGGACGCGUUCACGUCCAGCUGCCCUCAGAUCACCAUCUACAACGCUAUCAAGGAUAUACCGGGGGCGGGCAUGAAGCCCAACAUCGAACACAUCACGCCCAAGAAGUUUGGGAAUCGCGAAGGCUGCGAUUGGAAAGAUCAGAACCGUCACACAGACCGGUUUGGCGAUAGGUUCCGCAAAUGGCUGCACGAUCCCAAGAAUGGUCUGCCCCCGCCCUCUGAGGACCGUCCGCGGCUGAUCCGCUUCAACUGGGGCGUUCUCUGGGACUGGCAGGUAUAUCGCGACGGACCCGAGUUUGCCAACACGUUUGGCGGCGUUCUUAGGUUCAAUGGCCAGCUGCUACGCCUGGGAAAGAUAGCGUUAGAGAACAUGCGCGCUUUCGCGGCGGCCAAUGGAGCCAAGGACGGUAGGUUUCUAGGCGUGCACCUACGAACGGAGAGCGACGCUUUGGGGUUCUGGCCGACGUACAGCACCCAGACCGACGCCUACCUCAAACAGGCGACCAAACGAGGAUUUGAGGCAGCGUACAUAGCUACGGGGGACUCUCUAGAGGCGCAGAAUUUUGCAGGCGCCGCUAUAGAACUGGCGCAGAUGCGAGUCGUUUCCAAGAUGGAGCUACUGAAAGGCGAGGACUUGGAGGAGCUAGAGUCGCUGAGCUGGGACCAACAGGCCUUGGUCGACUUCAUCGUCCUGUUAGGGAGCGAUUUCUUCGUGGGCACCAUGCCGAGCAGUUUCUCGAUCUACAUGGCCAUGAAACGACACCUCAGGACAGGGGGCCUGUAUACGAGGCCUUACAAGACAGGGACGGAAGGGGACGGGCUGUCGUAUCUCGUGGGAAAUUACGAAAAGUACUGGGAGGGCUGGCUCUUCAUGUGGGACGGCAUGUGGCCUUGAGGCACACCCCUAGUAAGUCUGGGGAUUUAUUUCUUUGUUAUCUUCGUAGAUACGAGCGUCGUACUCAUAUACGCGGCUACUCAGGAUCGCCUACGCUCUCAUCGACAUGCAACUUUUGUGGAAUCCGAACCAAUAUAGUAUGUAUCUGUCUAUCAAGAGACGCGGAUACACGGGGGCAGGGGGGUACAUAGGUAGGUAAGUGCCUACCUACCUGUACCUAGGUAGGUAAUCAACCGCCUCCCCCUGUAAGCGCCCAUUUCAAUAAGCCGAGAUAUUUGCACGGUAUUAUGCAUAUAACCACAAAACCAUAGUUACACGUAUCUACCUUGAGAUCCGUUCACUCCGUCCUGUCCGUCCCAGGCAUCUGCACAUCAACACACGCCUAUAUCUACACGUCUUCACAUGCCGGCACACGCUCGUUCCCGUAAACGUUAGGAGGUACCCGAUUGCGAUACCCUUGUUUACUCUCGACCACGGCAUAAGAAUCCACGUGCAUCUACACCUGAGAUGUCCGUGGCGACGGUAUCCAACCUGCAGCGCAUCACAGCUGCAAAGCUAGCCGAAAUUCUCCUCGCUAGCACAAACCAAUCCUCCUCGAAUUCUACGAUAGCGAUCGUAGACGUGCGGGAUGACG